UGCGUUCUUGCGUUCAUCAAAUUCAUUAAACAGUCAAGCAGCUGAUUGUUUAUGUUUACAUUCUGCCGAAACGAAGCAAAUUGAAAAGUUUUUAGUAUUUUAAUCGUCCAAAUCACACAUUUUCUUACUUUUAUUUACGUCAGAAUGACCAGAACUUGCAUCGUGCGCGGCUGUAAAAGUAGAGCGAAACCGAAGAGCAACUUCCCAAACUCGAUCAAGUUUUUCCACUUCCCUAAAAUUGAUAAGCGGACCAAAACAUUUGAAAUACUCUCCACUACCCGGCGGAAAAAGUGGUGCAAAGUGCUUGGACUAGUCGAUCACAAACGUUUCGAUUAUCAUGUCGUGUGUUCCCUUCAUUUUGUUACAGGUCAAAGCGCCAAGCUCAAUGAAGACGGCCACGUAGAUUGGGUUCCCAGUUUGUAUUUGGACCCGGAGUCGGCCAGUCAUAUACCACGGUAUGCGCCAAAGCAGGCGUUCGUAGAUGUGCCUUGCGAUCCCUCCCGAAGACAGUUCGACUAUUCGGCUCCAACGGAGCUGAUCGAAGACGAAAGCGACGACAGCUACGAGUACGAUAUAACGGAAAUGGUGAAGGAACGGCAGGAUCAAAAUCCGCAACAGGCAUUGAUCAUCGAGAACAACAGACUUGGAACCGUGCGGGAAGUGGAAAUGGAUUUCACGAAUGAUGAGGUGGUUAAAGCUUGCAAGGCUGGAAAGCUAAUCGUGAAGAACAGGUAAAAGAUGACCAAGUAAGAUCAAGCUUACGCAUACACUUUGCCAGCUGAAUAAAUUUUAUAAUUUUCUA